AUGUCGCCCAUUAAAGCCAUCAUCUUCGGCGCAACAGGCACAGUUGGCCGCUCCGCCGCCCUCCACGCCCAAUCCCUCGGCGCCCAAGUAACCCUCGCAAUGCGCAAUACCCAGAAGCCCAUCCCUGGCCUCACCUCACAAGACGAGAAAGACUUGGGUUUCACCCGCGUCCAAACAGACCUCUCAGAUCCAGCUUCCAUCUCACGCGCCGUCACCCAAUCCGGCGCAACAGUAGCAUUCUCCUACAUCCUCUUCGAAGCAGAAGAUGGUCUCCUAGAAACAUACAAAGCGAUGAAAAAAGCCGGUAUCCAGCACGUUGUACUUCUCUCUUCAUACGUCGUGACGGAGCAUGGUGGUGCGAAGAAGGCUGUCGAGACAGAGGAGGUUUUAGCUGUUGUGCAUGGAAAGGCUGAACUUGCGCUUAAGGAGAGUGGCAUGGCUUAUACGACUAUUCGUCCUGCAUUCUUCUCGAGUAACAUACAGAUGCUGGAGGAUUGGGAAGAGGUUAAGAGUGGCGAACUUGAGAUUGCCCAUCCUGAUGCUCCUUUCGACUAUCUCGCUCCCGAAGACGUCGGUACUCUCGCCGGUGCAAUGAUCGUUGCAGAGCCACCAGCUUCAGGGGAGUUGAUCAUCACGCAAUGCGGACCAGAGUUACUACCGCAGCGCCAAGCCUGGAAGAUCGUCAGCGAGGGUCUUGAGAAGAAUGUCACUAUCAAGGAGAUCGAUAGUGAGAGACAUGCGGAGAAACUCAGGUCAAGGGGAUUUCCGGAGCCUAUGAUCAAGUCGGCCGUGGAGCGUUUGGAAGGGCUUGCACGGGAUCCUACUGUCCUCUAUGAUCCGGAUGAGUAUAAGAAGGCGUCUAUGAAUUUUAAGAAGUAUACUGGGAGGGAACCUACUACAUUUGAGCAGUGGGUUAGCAAGCAUCGAGAAGAUCUUUUGGCCUACUAG